UGAGAGAUGGUACCGGGGCCAUAUACAGACAGUGAAGGAUGACACAGUAGAGAUAUUUUUCCCAGACUAUGGCGACCUUGACUUUGUCCCACGGGAUAAGGUGCGAGAAUUUCCAGUUGACAAGUUCUUUGAGCUCCCAUUACAGGCAAUUGAAUGCAAGCUGGCCAACAUAGAGAAAAUAGGAGACACCUGGGAAAUUCGGGCAGGAGAUGCAUUGUGGGACAUGUCACACUUUGUGAAUGAAAAGGACCUUCGACCGCUUGUUGCCACGGUAGUACAGACCAAAGAAGAGACCAAAUACGCUGGACGCCAGAAGUUUGUGGUAGAGCUUAGAACAACACAGAGGGAUCUUGGUCAGGAACUAGUGUGGAGACAGCUUGCCAAACAUACACCAGACUGUACAAAAUACACCUUCUUGUUACCCCGGUCCACCCCGGGAAAGAGAGUGUUCCCUUCAAGACUCCAUAAGAUUCCCGGCCUCUGUUUUGCUGUGUAUUGGGAAAAGGACCUAUGUAAGGCUACCAAACUUGCCGAAGAGCUCCACAACAUCCUUUCAGAAUGUCUUGGAAGUUCUUGUUACCCCGGUCCACCCCAGGAAAGAGAGUGUUCCCUUCAAGACUCCAUAAGAUUCCCGGCCUCUGUUCUGCUGUGUAUUGGGAAAAGGUAA